AUGACCGAUCUGAAACUCCUGCAACAUUAUAUGUCAAAUAUCUCCGGGCAAUUAUCUUUCAGUCCUGAUAAGACGCGAGCUUGGAAGAUCUUAAUCCCCGAGAUCGCAGCGGAGAACGAGUACAUUAUGCACCUUCUUUUGGCACUGACGGGCCUCGAUAUGCUUUGUGAAGACAACACGCCCGGCUCCAGUAUAUCAGAGCACCAGAGCCCCCUGGAGCAGCAACAUAAUGCCAACAACGGACCUGAAAGCCAUGAUCGCUAUCUACACACUGUGAUUGAGCACCAUCAAAAAGGUAUUCAAGGGUUUAUACGAGAGUUGGGAACACUGUCGGAUUCAAACGCGGAAACUGUUUUUGCGGGAUCCCUUCUUCUGGUUGCCUUUGCCUUUGCGUCUCUUCGUGUGAAGAAUCUAGACCUCACUGUCAGCGAAUCAGAAGCCAAUACGGGGUCCACAAGCUAUGACACCCUCUCGUCUGACUCCACGAUAUUGAAUCGACCUCGGCUUGACUGGUUAUAUCUUGUCCGGGGGCUUACAUCUGUUGUUGAACAACAGUGGACUAAGCUGCGAACCGGUCCACUGAGGCAGAUGCUAGUAUUUAGCAAUGCCAAAGAUGGAGAAGUCUUGGGCAAUCUCCUGGAAAUCGUACCGGGAAAUCUACCCCACCGAAUGGCAUGCUUCGCUCAAGGAGCCCAUCAAGCGAUAACCAGACUAAAAGCCUUCUCCAAAAGUUUAAAGUCCAUUGUCAGCCCGACGACUAUCGACUCGGAUGCUCAGUCGCAAGAAACCCGCGAACAGACGGGCGGACCGCUCACCCAAAGUGAAUUGAUCGAGGAACAAGAAUCCACUAUCAGCAUUCUCGAUACCAUAUAUAGUCGAAUCAAAGCUGUCCUUCUCUUUUCAGACAGCGGUACCAAGGGCUCUGCUCAUGCUGACUUGCAAGGGGAACUUGAGGACGCUGCAAUCAUGGCAUGGCCGCACAUGUUCCCUCACGGUUUCAUUGCCUCGUUAGAAGCGAGAGAAGAACUAGAAACUCUUCGGUGUCAAUCUUUUGUUAUUCUUGCCCAUUUUUAUAUCAUUGGGACAUUGUUCGAAACGCUUUGGUAUGCCACAGGCAGUUUUGAGCGUGAAAUCAUGAAGAUCCAUGACCUCGCUCGAAGCACUGGGGACAGUCAAUUGGUCUCUUUGAUGCAGUUUCCUAUGGAAGUCAUCGCUGCUCGAAGCGGAACCACUCGGCCCUAAUAAUUGGAUCAUCGUCCAGAUUUAUACGACAAUAAUCGCUGCAUGGCCCUACAAUUGCGAAUGGUCUAUCGCAAGUCUACUACGUUACUUGCCGCGCCCAAUCGGGCUUCUCAUAGUUUCAUCGGUACACCUGGGGCUCUUCGUCGAGGCCCCAUGAUUCAUUAUUUAUUUAUGUAUAACAUUGGAUAUCUCAUGACAAAAAGCAAACAGGCAGUGACACCAAAACCUGACUCGUU